AUGCCGAUGCUUCGUAAGAAAGUCAUCUUCAGUACGCAAGAUCCGCCGGUAGCGCAGCCAGCUCAGCCAGCUCAGCCGGCAGCGGCACCGACACCCGUCCCGACGGCGGUGCUGCUUCAACGGCUGUGGCGUGGAGUACGGCUCGUAAUUGGCUAUGGUGUCCUCGCUUCUGGUCUGGCGCUAUGGUUGUACUGGAUUCCCAAGUUGCUGUACGCAGAGCAGCAACUCUUUGAAGACAACAAUUUGGAGGGGCGUUCCUUCAAGAUGUUCCUGACAUACCGAUUCAACUACUGGAUGAACAAGGAAGGUUUAGCGGCCAUGGGCACGAUCCUUCUGUUUGGAGUACUCACAUUGUUAACCGCUGGAGCUCUGAUGUAUUCGGCCUUUGUUGGUGGAUCACCAUUGACAGGACUUUGGGUCUGCUUCGUCUGGGCAUCUGCUGCCUCAGUGGAUCCAAGUGCUUCGGCCAUCACCGGCUUCGUGGGGAUUUUGACCACCCUGGGCGGUUUGGUGUUGUUGGCCGUGCUCCUGACCACCAUCUCCGACUACUUUGCCAAGCAAGUUGAGGCCUCAAAGCAAGGUCGCGAUGUCGUGGUGGAGGGAGGACACAUUUUAUUGCUGGGCCAUUCUGUGCAAACGAAGCAAUUGCUCGAAGAGUUUGCGGCCUGUGAGACGGACGACAAACCUACAACCGUAGUCAUAUUGGCAAGUCAAUCCAAACAGGAAGUGGAGGACGAGAUCGCCGCGUUGAACACCCACCUGGGAGAUUUGAAGUUGGUCGUCCGCAACGGCAAAUGCUGUGACAAGACGGAUUUAUGGAAAGUGGGUGCUGACAGUGCAACUCGCAUUGUGAUCCCAGAGAAUCCAUUAGUGUCUUUGGACGAGUCGGAUGCUGCAACCAUGGGCAUCCUGCUGACCUUAAAGAGCCAAGGAAAAUCAGGUUGGCCCAACAACGGUUACGUGGCAGUUCAAUGCUGCCUCGGCCGAAACGUCAGCUACAUGAAAGAACUCUAUGACAAGACGUACAUUCUCUCUGGAGAGCGCUUAGGGCGAAUCAUGGUCCAAAGUGUGCAGGACCAAGGCUUGUGUUCAGUCUUCAACCAGCUGGUUGGCUUUAGCGGUGACGAGUUCUACGUGGCUCCGGCACAGGAGCUGGGCGUGGUGGGAACAAGCUUCCGCGAGCUUCCAUUUUGGUUUCCCAUCACGGUACCCUUGGGGGUCCUCAUGGCCGAUGGAACCUACUUGGUGAAUCCAGACAAGUCGUAUGAAGUGCAGCCUGAGGAUUCUGUGAUCCUCUUGGCAGAUGAUGAUGAUGCUGUGCAGCCAGUUGAUUCUGCUCCCUUUUUUGACUAUGCGACCUGGUCCUCGCAGCGUGCUGCAGCAAGUUUUCAAGAGGCAAAUCCCAAUGAUGGGGAGACUGUGAAGGUUCGCCCUUGA